GUAGCCAAAAAAAUACACCAAAUUGGCCACUUCUCAUUAUUUCCCCACGCAAAAACAAACCAAAUAAAGAGCAAACAAACAAACCACACACCUUCCUCGUCCCCAACACACUUUCCCCCCACAAUUUCCAAACCAAAAUCUCAACCCAGUAACCACUUCAUGGCUCCCUCCAAAACCAACCCACCACCACCGCCGGACCGCCACUUUUACACCCCUCUACCACCCCAACCACCCCAAGACCAAACCUUCGCCAUUCUCCCAUACUUUUACUCCCCCACUUCAAGGCGUAACUGGCGCAUAAUCGUCACCCUUUCACUGCUUCUCCUCGCUGCUCUUGUUUACAUUUUUUGGCCGUCUGAUCCUGCCGUCAAGAUUGAAAGACUUCACUUAACACACAUUCAAGUCCACACAAAACCCUGCAUAUGCCUCGACAUAUCCAUGAAUGUCACGUUGAAGGUUCAAAAUGUUGAUAUUUAUUCAAUGGAUUACAAGACCGUGGACGUUGCGGUUGGGUACAGAGGGAAGCGGCUGGGGCACGUGAAGUCGCACCAUGGUCACGUGAGGGCUCUUGGGUCGUCCUAUGUUGAAGCUGAGCUCGAGCUUGAGGGUGUGAAAGUUUUGUCUGAUGUUGUGUUUUUGCUCGAGGACUUGGCCAGAGGAGUAGUGCCCAUUGAUACAGUUACUGAAGUUUCUGGUCAGCUGGGGAUCUUCUUCUUUGGGUUUCCAUUGAAGACAAAAGUAUCAUGUGAGGUUCUGGUAAAUACAACCAGUCAGACCAUUGCCCGUCAAAACUGCUACAGUGAUGAUUGAAAGCAUUCAUAAGGUGUAGCAGAGCUGAAAGAUUCAGAAUUUUCCCUGGCCUAGUUAUGUGUACAAAUUGAAUCAGGUUUGGGAAUGUUAUAUAUGAAAAUAUGAGGCAUGUGAUGACAUCCUAAUAGCAUAUGCCUGUUUUGUGAAAGUGGUGAACAUAAAUUCAGUGUAAUAUAUGUUCAUGUAAUCAUCAGAUUAUCUCCCUGAAUCAGGAACCAUAUCCUUGUUUACAUACAAGAAUUUUUAAUUAUAUUUGUUCAGCCAAGAAAAAACAGACGUGAUCUCUGUGGCUUAAGAUAUAUUCUUCUGAAUCAUACCAUUCGCCCAUGACAAUAAAAAUGAGAAAGUAUAUGUAAAAUCGAUA